AUGACGGUGCAAGAAAAAGAAAUGCUGGCCGAGAGGAAAGAGCCUCCAGCCGAGCCGCUCAAUGAGAUCCAUUGGUUCAAGCGUCUGGAGUGGUUCCGGAUGUUCAUCAUCUGGGGUAUUCCUUUGCUCGGGUUCAUUGGAGCCACUCAGGUUCCCUUGCACAAGAAGACGGCUAUCCUCACGAUCGUCUAUUAUUUUAUCAGUGGGAUAAGUCUUUCAGCAGGUGUGUCAGCACUUUCAUUCUCCUUGACCCGAAGAUCGUGCAAAACUAAUCUACAGACAGGUUACCACCGGCUCUGGUCUCACCGCGCCUACACCGCAACCACAGUAACGCGGUUCUUCCUCGCUUUCUUCGCAGCAUCCGUUGGCGAAGGCAAUGCCUACACGUGGGCGCGUGACCAUCGUGCCCACCACCGCUUCACAGACACUGAUCAGGAUCCGUACAGCGUGCACAAGGGCCUGUUCUAUGCCCACUUCGGCUGGAUCAUCUUCACGCAGGACCGCAGCCUCACCGGGCGCACCGACGUGUCCGACCUCAAGAACGACAAGAUUGUGAUGUGGCAGCGGCGCAACUACAUGUCGCUGUUCGUGCUCACUGCGUUCAUCUUGCCCACAGUCUUCGCGGGGCUACUCUGGGACGACUGGUGGGGCGGCCUGGUGUACGCCGGUGCCAUCCGGAUGUUCAUUGUCCAACAGAGCACCUUCUUUAUCAACUCCAUCGCCCACAGUCUCGGUGACCAGACCUACUCCGACCGACACUCGCCGCGCGACAGCGUCAUCACCUCCUUCCUGACCGGAGGCGAGGGCUACCACAACUACCACCACGAGUUUCCCAUGGACUACCGCAGCGGAGUGCGCUGGUACCACUAUGAUCCCCCCAAGUGGACGAUCUACAUCCUGUCCUUGUUUGGGAUGACGUCCGACCUGAAGCAGUUCCCCGACAAUGAGGUCAGUAUGGGCGCGCAUCAGCAGAGGAUGAAGAAGUUGAACCAGGAGGCCAAGGGGAUCAGUUGGGGAACCCCGGUUGAGGAUCUUCCACUGUUGACCUGGGCCGAGUAUACCGAGAGAGCGAACGGCGGCCACCAUUUGAUCUGUCUCAAGGGAAUUAUCUACGAUGUGGCUCCAUUCGUACAUCAGCAUCCGGGUGGUACCAAGAUCAUUCUUAGUCAGGUGGGGAAAGACGCCACAGAGCAAUUCUUUGGUGGGGUCUAUGCCCAUUCGAACGGAGCGGAGAACUUGCUGUGCGGCAUGAGGUACGCCAGGCUCGUGGAAGAGACAAAAUAAGGAGAUGAUUGGUUCUGAUUAUGUUGAAUGCCGUGCACGAUGGGAUGAUCGAUGAUGAGGUUGCGGUUUCUGUAUGUUUGCCUUGCUUAGAAAAGACCGCGCUGGACGGAAAGAAACCAUAGACAUCAACGCAACAGGUUUGGAAUGAGGGUAUUGAGGUGAUGUAGAUACUCGGCCGGCAAAAAGAAUGAUCAAUAUGAUGUCAGUGAGGCAUUAGUGUGCCUUGGUUGCCAGCCGUUGGCGUAUAC